GUCAAGUGAAGUUUUCUCGUUUGCGAACCGAUUUCGAUGCGGUUUCGAAACAUUGAUGUGCUUACGUUCGUUUGUGGCGGAUUCCGAAAAACGCGUCGCAUCUGUUGUUAGUGUUGUGGCUUACGAGAUUGGCGGUGUGCGGUGUGCGGGAGAAAAAUGCGUUACGAUUUUGUUGUAACAGUGACAGUUCUCUUGUUUACAACUGCAACUUUGUGUGAGAAACAAGACGAAGACGAUGAAAAAGAUUACCUGUGGAACCAGGCACAGUUGUUGCAAAAAAUGGUCGAAGAUUUUGACAACUUGAAAACGACCCUCGACAAUCAACAACUUGAGGAGGAGGAGGAAAUUUUACCACCACCGAAAAAGGAACCGGAAGUACUGACGGCCGAGCAAAAACACGCACACAAUUUAUUCCUGGAAGCCCAAAAACUACUUAACAGAACCAAGCCAGACAAAAAGGCAGCCUACGAAUUGCUGCAGGAAGCUGCCAAAUUGGAAAACGACGAAGCUUUGAGUUUGCUGGCGUGGUCUGAGUUGUUGGGGGUGCCUCCGAUCAUCAAACCGAACAUAAACGCUUCGAAAACGAUGUUCGAAACGUUGGCGGAGAAAGGUGUGGGAGCGGGUCACGCCGGAUUGGGUUUCAUGCACGCCGUCGGAUUGGGCGUGAACGUCAGCCAAUCGAGGGCGUUGGUCCAUUAUGUGUUUGGGGCGCUGGGCGGCGACACCUGGGCGCACAUGGCUUUGGGAUACAGAUACUGGGCGGGAGUGACGGUGGCGCCCAGCUGCGAAAAGGCGCUCGAACAUUACAGGAAGGUUGCCGACAAAGUGAGCCAAGGAGUUUCCUUCAGUGGUGGUUCAGCAAUUCAAAGGAUCAGAUUACUGGACGAACUAGAAAACGGUUACACCUCCGGAAUUUUGGACAACGACUUGAUCGAAUAUUAUCAAUUGUUGGCCGAAAAAGGAGACGUUCAGGCACAAGUGGGGUUGGGGCAGUUGCAUUAUCAAGGAGGAAGAGGAGUCGACCUGGACUAUCAGAAAGCCUUACAUUAUUUCACGCAAGCUGCGGAAGCAGGAAAUGCCGUUGCAAUGGCUUACUUGGGAAAGAUUUACUUGGAGGGAAGCGACGAAGUUAAACCGGACAACGAUACCGCCUACAAAUAUUUCAAGAAAGCUUCCGACCUGAACAAUCCGGUCGGUCUGAGCGGAUUGGGACUGAUGUAUUUGUACGGAAGGGGCGUCGAAAAGGAUUACACGAAAGCCCAGAAGUACUUCCAUUUGGCCGCGGACCAAGGUUGGGUGGACGGACAGUUGCAGCUGGGAAACAUGUAUUUCAGCGGUUUGGGCGGAAAGCGCGACUACAAACUGGCGAACAAGUACUUUUCGUUGGCGUCACAAUCGGGCCACGUCCUGGCCUACUACAAUCUGGGGCAGAUGCACGCUCAAGGAACGGGAAUGCUGCGGUCGUGUCCCACGGCCGUCGAACUCUUCAAGAACGUGGCCGAGCGAGGGAGAUGGGGAGAGAUGUUGAUGCAGGCGCACCAGGAGUACAGAGAGGGAGAUCGCGACGCGGCCUUCGUGCGCUACGCCCUUCUGGCCGAGCUGGGAUUCGAGGUGGCUCAGUCGAACGCCGCCUUCAUGUUGGACCGAGCCGAAGUGCCCAUGAUGAGCGACCGCAGAGAGGAGGCGUUGGUGCGUGCGCUCACCUACUGGGGAAGGGCGGCCGCCCAGGGAUACUCGGCCGCGCAGGUCAAGCUGGGCGACUACCACUACUACGGACACGGGACGCCCGUCGAUUACGAAACGGCCGCCACUCAUUACCGCGUCGCGUCCGAGCAGCAGCAGAACGCGCAGGCCAUGUUCAAUCUGGCGUACAUGCACGAACGCGGACUGGGCAUGACGAAGGACUGGCACCUGGCCAAGCGCUGUUACGACAUGGCGGCCGAGACGAACGCAGACGCCAAAGUACCGGUGGCCAUGGCACUCUUCAAACUGUCGGUGGUUUACGCGCUCGAAACCUUCGGACAGGGACCGAUCUCUUCGCUCUCCGACCUGACGGAAGUUUUGGGCUCAAACUGGGACUUGUACUUGAUCACCACUCUAACGGCCAUUUUGGCGGGAAUCAUUUACUUUAGAAGACCACAAAUCAACAAUUAAUUAAUUAACCUAACUGAUGCGUUCUUUCAGUUUGCCGUCGUCUUUGUAAAUUUGACUGAUUAUUAAUAUUAUCAUCAUCAUUAUUAUUAUUAUUA